AGAACGCAGUUAGGACGUUGACGUUGUCCAAUGCGCAGGUUAAAAAGUUACUCGCGCUUGCGCGGUUGCUUCCAAAAAACGGCGGGAAUGAAAAUUGUACGGUUGUCACAAUGAGUUGAUAUAUUAAAAUUAGCAAUUAAUUUUAAACAAUUUGUGAUAUAUGUGAUUUUAUAAGUGACUGUGAUAUUAUGCUGUGUAUAAAUUCAUAAUUUUUAUUUGUUUGGUUACCUAUAUUGAUACGGUUGGAAAAAUGAAGCUACCUGACCCCAGGCGCGUGGUCUCUGGCGUGUUUCCCGUACUGCAAUGGUCCAGGAGUUACGACCUGGAUAUAGCCAUCGGGGACCUGAUAGCCGGGAUCACAGUAGCUUUGACGCUGAUCCCUCAGUCCAUUGCGUACGCGUCCUUGGCGGGAUUUGAACCGCAGUAUGGGCUGUACGCGUCCUUUGCCGGUGCUUUCGUGUACGCAGUAAUGGGGACAUGUCCACAAAUCAACAUUGGUCCCACCGCACUGUUGUCCUUGCUAACAUUUACAUACACAAAUGGUACCAACCCGGACUUUGCUGUCCUUCUAUGCUUCAUCGCAGGCAUCGUGCAGCUGAUUGCGGGUGCAGCUCAACUUGGUUUUCUAGUAGAAUUCGUAUCUUUGCCUGUGGUAUCCGGGUUUACAUCGGCCGCAGCAAUCACGAUCGCGUCUUCGCAAAUCAAGGGUCUGUUAGGCCUCCGGUUCAGUUCGGAGUCCUUUCUAUCCACCUGGGAAGGAGUAUUCAAGCACAUACAGAGUACUAGGAUGCAGGAUACCUUACUAAGUCUGGUCUGCUGUAUCAUUCUCAUGGGGAUGAAGGCCUUGAAAGAUAUACGCUUGAAAGACCAAGAGGAUGAGAAGGGCAGACGGAAUGCGCUCAUCUUGCAGAAGACCCUGUGGUUCGCUGGAGUGGCAAGAAACGCCGUCGUAGUAGUGCUGGCCGCGGUGCUAGCAUUCUUCGUGCACCAGGAUAAGACAGAGCCUUUGAUUCUCACUGGUAACAUAACUCCAGGCCUGCCGACCCCGCAACCGCCAGCGUUCCACACGAUGGUCGGCAACACGACAUACACGGCAGGAGAUAUGCUGGGCCAUCUCGGUUCCGGUUUGCUCGUCGUACCUUUGGUUGGAAUCAUCUCCAAUGUUGCCAUCGCUAAGGCUUUUGCUCGGGGCAAAACAUUGGAUGCGACUCAAGAAAUAGUGGCGCUAGGUGCAUGCAACCUUGUUAAUGCUUUCUUCAGAUCUUUUCCGGUUAACGGCUCGUUUACUCGGAGUGCUGUCAGCGAUGCUUCUGGUGUCAGGACCCCCGCUGCCGGCUUCUAUACUGGGAUAAUAGUUCUUCUGACCCUGGCGUUGCUGACACCAUACUUCUACUUCAUCCCACGCGCGGCGCUGGCGGCGGUCAUAGUAUGCGCCGUGCUGCAUAUGGUCGACGUGGCUAUCAUCAAACGAUUGUGGGCUACUAGCAGAUUAGAUUUGAUCCCGCUACUGGGCACGUUUAUAUGCUGCCUAGUUCUGGGAAUUGAGAUUGGACUAAUAUGCGGAAUGGGGAUUGACGUAAUAUUAUUGCUGUACUACCACUCCCGACCACCGCUUGAUGUGCACUUGGUUGACGACGGCACUUUCCCGGCACAUUACGCAGUGCACCCAGUGGGAGGCCUACACUUCGCCGGCGCUGAGCGAGUGCGAUCCAAACUAAUGGACAUUCGGAACCCAAACAAACCAAUACGUACAACAGCUUUGGAAUCCUUAACUGUCAUACCAGAUACAGAUCACGAAACAUCUACCAGAAAUAGACAAGAAAAUGGUACCAAUGAAGUGUCCAAUGGUACCAAUGAUACUGGAAAUGGUACCAAUGUCGUGGCGAAUGGUACAAAUACCGCGAGUAAUGGUACCAAUGCAGUGGUUAAUGCAGUGAGGGCUGAAAGUGGAAGUCGACGCAGCAAUGCCAGGAGAGUACCAAACGUGCUGGUCAUAUAUUGUGAUGGCUUGUACAGAAUGGACUAUACGUUUUUACAGAGUCUGAAAAUGCUAGUUGCAGAAUGGUCACGAAGCGGACAUAUAGUGUGGUGUAACACAAGGCAAGUGAUUAAAGAGCAACUGAAUAGCAUUGUGGACGACCCCGUCUACUGUGAUACGGACACGUUAGGGCUGUAUUUAACAGGUAUUUCCACCGUUGAGGAGCAAGUAACGACCAGUGAUACGCAACUGUGAACCAUGUGUUUAUGUAUUAUGAAUGUUUUUUUAUUCAAUACUUACUAAAACUGAAACAUCCACUUUAUGUUGGCAGGUGGUUAAUUUGUCCAAGGUUGGCAGCGACCAAAAAUGGAACUUGGACGCGUUAAGUUCAAAAGAAGUAAUAGGCUUCAAAAAUUACGACUUCGACUAUACGUAAAUGAGUUUGAGAGUAGCUACAAUAAAUACUCUUUUGGCAGAGUUUCUCAAAGGAGAUCAUCGGAUUUCGGCCCAGAAGUCAAAGUGCCGGCCAAAAAAUAAUUUUGCUAUAUUCCGUUAGAUAUUAUCUACCUGAGCAUUUAUUACUAUGGCACCAAAGCUGUAGGGUCAAUAUCUUCGGUUUUAUUCGAAUUCAAAAAACUGUAUUUUUCAUACAUUUUAAGUGCCGGCCAAGUAACAAUAAUGGUAUAUAUCCUUAGAACUUAUCCGUCUGAGCAUUUAUUACUAUGGCACCAAAGCUGUAGGGUCAAUAUUUUCGGUUUUAUUCGAAUUAAAAAAACAUGAAUUUUCAUACAUUUUUGGUGAAAAUGUGAAGUGCUGGCCAAGAAACAAUAUUGGUAUAAUCCGUUAUAACUUAUCCGUUUGACCUUUUAUUAUUAUGGCACCAAAUGUCUAUGACCAUUAUUUUGACUUUUGUUGGACUUUACGUUAUAGUUUCUGUGUGAAAAGUGCCGUUCAGCAAAAAACACAUGUCAAAGCUAUCGAGAAGAUACCUGUAAACAUUAUUCACUAUGGCAAAAAUGUGUAUGACCAUUAGUUUGGCUUUUGUUAGAUUAAAAAAAACUUGAUUUUUGAUUCAUUUUGUAAAAAAAUAUAAUAUAACAGGCACGUUAUGUAAAGGAUCGUCAAAAUGUUUAUUACUAUGGAUUUAACGUCUAUGACCACUAUUUUGGACUUGAUUCGAUUUUUCAAAAAUCUGGUGUUUUCAUAGAUACCUACACUUUGGCGAAACAAGUUUUUAUCUGGUGAUAAUGGAACUAUCUUGCUAAAGGCGUAAUAUAGUCGUCUUUUUGAUACAUUUUUAUAAAUUAAAAAUAGGUUUGCGUUUACGCUUUAGAAGCUACUUUUUUUUAAGAAAAGUGUGUAUACAAGGAAAAUACAGUGGGGUGAUAGAGGUACUACGUUAUCGGCCGAGUAGCACCAGGACAUUGUGAUCGGCAUACAUGCAAAGUACAACUGCCCGACUCCUGUCUUCCCUAACAGCUACUUCAGACGUCAUGCCAAAAUACGAGUUUCGUCACUAGAUGGCAAGCUUAUCUUUGGAGGGUGGUAACCAUCUACGGUCAUAAUAAUUCAACCUAAACUUAGGCCGUAACGUUGAGUGGAAUGCAAAAACUACAGCCAACGUCAUAUCUAAAAUCAGAUGGUAUUAAUAUAGAAGUUCACCUAUCAACACACAAAACAAAUACACAAAGUAUUUAUCUGACUAAUAACUAGUCAUUGGGAAAGCUCUGCUUGUUGUCAUUGUUAAAAUGUAUAAAAAAAUAAAGAUUUUAAAAAGUCCAAUAAAAGCCAAAGUCAAAAUAAUGGUCAAAAAUGUUUUGCGCCAGAUUAUUAAAUGUUCAAAGUUGUAUUAAGGGUCCUUUGUAAUCCGCUGUAUCUCAAUUUUUGCCCAAAGCACUUUAUUUUUAAACAAAAUAAAUAAGAAAUCAAGAUUUUCAAAAUAAAAUAAAAGCUAAACUAAUGAUCGUACACGUUUGGUGCUAUAUAAAAAAUGUUAAUAGGCAUCUACUCGAUACUGUGUACAUGGUAUUUUUGCUAGUCGGCACUUUUCACAUUUGAACUAAAACGUAAAUUCCAAUAAAAGUCAAAAUAAUGGUCAUAGAUGUUUGGUGUCAUAUUAAAAAAUAUUGAGAAGCAACUAUUAGACGGAUUCGACGUAUUCUUUUCGAUUGCCGGCAUUUUAACAUAUUAACCAAAACGGAAAGUCCAAUAAACGUCAAAAUAAUGGUCAUAGAAGUUUGGCGCCAUACUAAUAAAUGUUCUAGCGGUCCUUUGUAAUACGUCUGUAUCCCCUUUUUCCAAACGGACAUAAUAUUUUUUUUUACAAAAUGUAUGAAAAAUCGUGAUUUUUAAAAUCCAAUUAAAGCCAAACUAAUGGUCAUAUACGUUUGGUGUCAUAGUAAAAAAUGAUCAGAGCAAUCUACUCGAAAGGUUCGACACAUUUUUUUUCUCUGGCCGGCACUUUCAAAUUUGGGCCGGCCAAAGUAUGGAGAGCCGAUGAUCUCCUUUAUAACAGUAUCUAACGGCAGCGAACUCUCUUUUAUUAAAUAUUAUGUUGUUAACUUGUUAGGAAUUGAGUUUGAUUUUAGGAUAAAUUUUGAAGAUUUUGUUAUGCGGACGUUUUCAGCAUCCAAUCAGAUACCAUUGUGUAAAUCUCGCGAACCAGCGAUAAUAAUAUCAACGGACAAAUCUCCAAGGACUCACACCACUUUGAGAGACUCUGGUAUAUUUGAAGGAUACGGUUUGACGUAGGAUCGAGAAAAAAGUAGAGAACUCGAGGAGAUCUUAGGCAAGCAGUGGGAUUUUGCAAGUUAGGUAUGAUUAUUGUGUAGCUCAGCUAGAAAAAGAAGUAGUGAUGUCGCUGGUUCAAGUCCAGCACGGGCCUAAAGUAAUGAAUUUGUUUUGGAAUUUGUAUUAAGUCGUUAUCAUUUGAAAGAAAGGCUGACAACGGUAAUAUCGUUGCGUUCUGGUGAUAAUCUCGCAAGAGCCUUUUUGACAGAUCACAUUCAAUUCAAAAGCCGUGCGUUAGCGUCGCAAAAACUUGAAAGUUGCUAGGUGGAUUUUGUUGGAAUUUAUGUACAGUCAUGAGCAAUAUCAUGUACUUUCUUUAGAACCCUGUCGCACUAUCAUAUUUGACAUUUAAUGAGACUUACGGUUUCAUUUGUCAAAAAGUUAAUAUGACAUGGUUUCAAAGUGUAUACAUAUUAGUGCUCGUGACAUAAUACAUAUAUGUAUUUGAGUGUGUCCUUGGAAGCUUUAGAUUCACAAUUGGACACUGAAUAUUAGUUGGAACAACUUUACAAAUAAGCAAUGCUUAUAUAAUUUAAUAAUUCCGUCCAAUUAUACCUUACGUCAAUAUGCGUGCAAUAUCAAUGUGCUUUGAUAAGAACUAAUCAAAUUAGUUACUUUUCAGUAAACGUCACAACGCGAAAUUACUGGAUUUUGUAUGAAAAAGCACACUAUGACGUCAUAGAAAAACGUGAUAAAAUUACUGACUUAUUAUUUAUUUAAUUAUUUAUUAGCUAAAGUAUAUAAUACACAUGUAAACAGAAUGGGAAUCAUUAUGAUAACUAUUAUUGCGUCUUUUUACUAAAAAUCAUAAACAAGUUAAAUAGACAAAAGAAAAUGCAAUAAAUAUCUUAUCUAAUAUUAUAAAUCAAUAAUAAAUAAUAAAUAAUCAAUUAAUAUCUUAUCUUAUCUUAAUGUUUUUCAUCCGUUUUAGAUCUGUCUUUAUAUAGUAAAAUCAGAAUUUCAUCAUUUAUCUUUGACCUCUUAUUAGGACCCAAUUCAGCAUGAACAUUGUAUCUAAUUCAGUUCAAUAAUAUCUAACGUAUCAAUGUGCUUUGAUAAUGAAUAGAUCAAAGGGUUAAUUCAUGUGAAAUGCGUUAUUCCUAGAAUUCUCGCAAUUUGAUAAUACCUCUAGAGAGAAGAUGAUCAACAAAGGUUGUCAUUAGUUAUAAUAACUAUCCUGUGAUUGUAUAGGUUACCUUAUUAUCAAACUUAGAUAACAGUUAAUACGUACUGGCCCCGAUUCCCGCAGACACCUAAUGUUUUUAUUUUAAGUUUAAACUCGUCAUUUUCUUAUAUAUCAAAAAGGAAAAGACGAAUGAUUGACAACUGUUAAUUUUAAAAUGAAUGAAUAACCCGGGCGAAUAAAAUAGGCAUCUAGCUGAUAUGCAACCCGUUUGACGUGUGCUGUCAACUUAAUUCCGUCGGGCUAUUGGCCAAUGUAAAAUUUUGGGAGGGUUUUUAAAUUUCUGCCUAAAAUUGACGUGUGUUCCAUAAGUUUUAUGCCUGUCGAUUACCCGUCCGUUUCCUUUACGGCGGAUAAGAAAAUGACAAGUAUCUAUUAAAUUAGAUGGUGGACCAGUAUGUAUUGUAAUAGAAAUAAUAAAAGACAAUGUUUAGAUCGAGUGCAAAAGUGUUUUAUAUUUAAAAAUAAUAAACUGACUUGUGACAUUU